AUAAUGUUUUAAAGGAAGACAAAAAGAUUUUCAUUAUUCACUAUUCAUUUUAACAUUUUCUUUUUUACUUCGGUGUAUCAGUGUUGGUUUCACGUGCAGUCCCCACUGGGUGGAGGCAUGGAGCUACAUUCCACUAAGGAGAGGGAAUGAAGGCUGAACUGUCGCUAGAAAUAAACUUGGGAGAGUCACAGAAGGUCACUUAUAGGACUCACCAUGGAUCCUCUGCUCAGAACUUUGCUGUAGAGCUAUAACAAGGGAGUUUGAAUUAACUGUCAAAGUGAAAAACAAUGUCCACGCAAACAAGAGUAAAUGGGUUUACAGCCUGGAUAAAUAUGCGUCUGUUGGAAUUUAAUGGCCAUGUCAAUAAUAUCCUACAUGACUUGUUCCAAGGCACAAAUAUGAGGAUCCUUCUUGAAAGUUUCACUGGAAAGGCACUGAGAAGAUUUGAAAGUCUAGAUGGACUGACCCAGCAGCAAAUAAUUACCCGAGUGGAAUGGUUUGUCUCUGAAAUGAAGAAAAUUGAUGUGUUACCACAAAACGUAUGCAUUAAUUGUCAAAGCAUCGCAUUGCAGAGCAAAGAUCAUGUCCUGAAUCUGUUGUGGAAGCUGAUCUCAUACGAUCUCUUGUUCACAUGGGAACGCUCAAGUCAGCUGAUGCACCGUGAUGACAAAGUUAUUUGCUCUGUCCCAUUUAAGUGGACUCCUGAAGCAGCGCCUCCGAUGAAGGAGAAACCAGAAUCAAGAUCCGUAUCAUCCAUCCUCGCCAGUUUAGAUGUAUUAUCCAAAAAAUCUCUGCAGCCAGAUCCAGAAGAAAGGAUUGCCCCACCACAGACAGCAGUCUGGCAUCCCUUUCCAGGCCGUGCACAUGCACAAAGCUUCAACAAAAACAUUCCAAAAGGAGGAUGGGCGAGUUACCCAAGUCCUGAGCAAUGCGUCCUGCAAAUUGUCAACUCACUUCUAAAGGAAGCCAGCAAAGAUGCCUCAACAGAAAUAAUGAAAAUAGAAGAUUUGGUGCACUGUAAUGUUAUCUGCACCAUAGUCAAUUAUUUUCUUCCUCAUACAUUUGCGAUAGACGUUAUACUGGAUGACAGGUGGGCUGUGAAUGUGGCUUUGAAGACACUUGAGGCACUUCUGUUCAUAACAACAUCUUUCUCCUGUGAUGACCUCCUGCAGGGUGACCUUCAGGCUGUGUGUGCCUACUUGUGUUUUGUUUGCAUGGCUGGAUUUAAGUACAAGCAAAGUAGAAGUGUUGUUAAUUAUACCAAGCAACUAACUCUUCAGAUCGAAGUUGCCAUGUCUAAACUUCAGAUAUUUUCAUCAGGAAAGCUGGAACUGAACCAAUCUGCAGAAAAAUAUGACUUGCAGCAGAAGGUGAUAGAAAUGAAAAAUGAGUUGCAGUGGCUCAAAAAAUCUUAUGACUUGGAUCGCUGUCAGAAAUGGGUCAAGCACGCACGGAAAGUUCAAAAGAAAACUAAGGACAUUAUACAGCAAAAAAUAAAGGAUCGAUUUGAAAUAGUUGCUUUGCCAAGACCUUUAAGCAUACAUGAUCUAUGCCUGACACUUGGUAUCAACCUGCAACUUACUCAAGGCUCUGGCUUUUAUCACUUGUGCCACAAACAGACAUUAACAGCUGAGUGCAGAGUGGUGCUUCAGAAGAAGGAUACGCAGCAAUUCAUUGACGACUUUUCUGGAAGCCAUAAAACAAGCGUACGUAAAUUGCUUAAUUUGCCUCUUCAGGAAGUUACUGAAGUUAAUCCAAAUAAUUACACGGACUAUAAGUUGUUUAUUGAAUGUAAAUCUAAAAACAAGAUGUUAAAGGCAAAUUCCUUAUUUUUAUACCAAGUGUUUCCAGGAAACUCUUCUCAGUGGCUGAAAAUACUUCACCAAGCUAUAAAUAACAAUGAAUAUUGUAGAACUGUGAACCUGCUCCGUUUCUUCAAGGAAACAUGUCCACAUCUAAUUAACUUAGAAGAAAUGUCCUCAGGCUGCAGCGCGCUGCACCUGGCCUGCCAAAAGGGAUUCUUUGACACUGUACUAAUACUGCUGGAAAAUGGAGCAUCUAUGGAUAAAUUGGAUGGGAACCAUCGUACACCAUUACACUAUGCCUUGGUCGAAAAACACAGGAAUAUUUGUCAGCUUCUAAUUGAAUGGGGAUGCCGUAUACGGGAUCAUAAUAUUAGUGGACAGCUGGUUCCAGCUACUUUGAAUCAAGAUCUGAAAGAGUUCUGUAAAGGGUAUAGUGAAAUGUGGCAAACGGCCAUCCCUGAGGUUCUUAACGGAAAUAUUACACUUUUAAAGAAAAUGAUAGGAGAUCAUGAAAAGGGCAACACAGUUAUGGCCAGUCUGAGAAGCAGGUGUGUUGAUGGGAGUACAUUAUUGCAUGUUGCAGCCUACUUUGGGGACACACAACUUGUUGAGAGCAUUUUGAAAUUACAAGUAGAAGUGGAUAUAUUAGAUUACAGAGAAUCUACACCUUUGCAGCGCUCUAGAGAUGUGAAGACCAUGCAGUUGUUACUGAACCAUGGUGCUGACAUACAUUGGAAGGAUCAUGAUGGCAAUACAGCUCUUCAUAUGAUCUGUUAUGGGGAACCAGGAAAGCCAUCUAGAAUGGACUGUUUACAACUGUUGUUAUCUAAUGGAGUAUCUACCAGAAAGUGCAACAAAAAUAGACUUCUUCCAAUUCACUGUGCGGCAAUACAGGGAAGGACAGAUGUUGUGCAGGCAGUGGUAGAAUCUGGCACCAAGGAAAGGGAGCUUAUCAAUGAACACUUGAUGCUACAGGACACCCCAAGCCUGCCUUACCUUGCCAUGGCUAAUGACCACUUAGAAUGUGCUAUAUGGUUAGUUUCAAAUAAAUUCAAUCUUAGAGAUGGUGAAGAUGCAGAAUUACUUUUUGACAUUACUUUCAAUAAGGAUGAAAAGGGAAAUAAAGUACAACAAGUCAGAUUCCUGAUAACCAGUGGUUUGAAUGUGAACAUCUGCGACAAUAAAGGAAACAGUGCUGUGCAUUUAGCUGCUCGCCACAUUGAAAAUUAUGACAUUAUGAAAUUGCUGCUGUCAAGUGGUGCUGAGGUGGACACAGUAAAUAAUGACUGCAUCACGCCGCUGUUUAACGCCGUCCAUGCAUCAAACUUUCAUGGAGCAAGACUUUUGCUGGACUAUGGAGCUAAUUUAGAACAUCAGGAUAAUGGCGGUCUUACUGCUUUUGACCACAUCAAGAACGUUGAUGACUGGAUUGCAUGUGGAAUUUUCAGUGAUGAAAUGAAUGAAUUGCUAAGGGCUUAUGAUCUCCAACAGUCCAUUCACCUGGUCAGAAGGGUUGCUGAACAAAUAAAGAUGGAGAGACCUGCUUAAUUUUUUAUGCCAGAAUUGCACAUCAUAUGCACCUUUUAGAAAACAGUAGCAUAUUUGAUAUUAAGGAAUUAAAUUCCAGCAUGAACAUGUCAUAUAAGAUUGGACACAGCAGAAAUAAAAACCUUAUUGAUAACAUA